AUGGUAGCAAUGGAUGACCUCAGACUUUUAGGGAACCUCCCUACGCUUAUUAAGGGAUCACGGGAUGCCUAUGCAUCAUUGCAGGAUCCCGAUAACUGGACUGGUGUACUCGACCCUGUGGAACGUCGACGUCGACAGAAUCGAGUGAGCCAGAGAAAGUUCCAACAACGAAAAAGACAACGGACGCAGGAAAAUGCAGUGAGUUUAACUCGAAAAUGGCGCAAAAUCGGAACAUUAUCGGACGGCAAUACAAGCGACCACGCCAAGGAAAUGGUGCAUCAAAAUCGAGUGACGAUUGCUGGAGUGGAAUUUUACUGCACCUUGGCCCCUAGGCGUCUCGAACAAAUUGUACGAAGUUGGCGUAGCAACUCAUUGCCAAUCAGCUCCCAGCAGAUUCCGCCAACAUCCGAUCUUCUUUUAACCAUAUCGAAACUGAAUGUUUAUCAUGGUUUAUGUGAAAAUUUAAAAGCGCUAGGCAUGAAUAUGGAUUGGUUACACCCGGAGGCUAUCUCCCGUUUCAGUAUAAUGGCUCCAUUUCCCUCAUCCGCAAAUACCAUGCCACUAGAUUUGCAGCCUACAGCAGUUCAACUCUCAAUACCUCAUCAUCCAUGGCUGGAUUUCUUCCCAUUUCCACGAAUGCGAGAUGCCCUCAUCUUAGCAGGAGAUGAACUGGAUGAAGAUCGGCUCUGUAUUGAUAUCAUGGGCUUUUGGAUUUGUGAAGACGAGGAGCCUGCUCUUCUUGUUUGGGGUCCACCUUGGGAUUUUCGAAGCUGGGAAAUCACGGAAACAUUUAUGAAAAAAUGGGGCUGGGCGGUACAGGACAGCCCAGAAAUAUUAGAGACUACGAACUACUGGCGCUCUCAGCGAGGUGAGAGGAGGCUUCGGCUACGUUCUCUCGCUAUAUAG